AUUCUCGAUUAUUCGUAACUCUGAUUUCCUCGAAUGAACUUUAACCGCGUUGCAACAUCGUUCAUGCAUUCGGUGUUUUACAACGAAAUCGUGUAUCGCGUCGACCGCAAAGAAAGUAGCGGCGCAAACGUGACCGCGCUGAUAAUGGCACAAUGUUCUCGAUAACGAAUUAUCAUCGACGAUUAAACGGACGGCCGCAUCGCGUAUGAAGCGUGUAGACGCGGACAGCCUGAUCUAUGUAGAAGAAUUGUUUCGUCCCGGCAGUGUCAGCUGUAAUUCGAUUAUACGUCUGGUUUUCGGAGCGGAGCACGUGCCUCAAGUACAAAAUAUCCUAAACCACGCUCGGUGCAUUUGCGUUAACCGGUACACAGCCGGAGUACCUGGCCUGUUGGACGCAAAUUCGAAGAGUGUGGCGUAUCGAGAGACAGUGCCACGCCAGAAGCUGGCGGAUACCACGAACGACGAGAGGAUUGGCAUGGAGUAUCACAUCCAAACAGUCACCAAGGAUGACAAGCUUAGGAUACUAAAAUUUCUCAGGAGGUUCUUCUUCAGAGACGAACCUCUCAACGACUCGAUCGAAUUGAUCCCGGAGAGCGAAGACAGCACCUGCCUCGAGUUGGAAGAAUAUUGCAGCAUGUCUUCGCUCGAAAACAAUCUCAGUCUUAUAGCAGUAUCAACGAGCGGUGCUAUAGUAGGUGUUUUGUUAAAUGGAAAAAUGGAUCCUCCGAAGGAUGAAGAACCUGGGUAUAUAGCUACAUGUGAAAAUCCUAAGUUUAAAAAGAUUCUCAGGCUACUGAAUUACGUCGACAGAAGUGUGAAUCGCGAUGGAAAGUUCCGGGGGUUGAAUAUUUUAGAAAUAAGAAUAAUCUCGGUAGAUUCAAACUGGAGGGGUAAAGGAGUCGCCAAAGCACUUAUGGAGAAAGCACUUGAAAUUGGAAAGGAGAAAGGUUUUCACAUCGCACGUGCCGACUGUUCAUCCUUUUUCUCCGGGAAACUUUGCGCACGAUUGGGCUUUGAACGAAUAUACGAACUGAACUAUGCAGAUUAUGUAGAUGAGGAUGGUAAUCCUAUAUUUUCACCAGCAUUUCCACAUACGUCGAUUGUUACCUAUAUAAAGAAAUUAUGAAGAGUGAUACUAUAGAUGUUUGAAAUUGAGUACCUGUUUAAAAUUGCGGAUAAUUUUUAAAAACGCACUCCUACAUUACGUUAUAUUUCCCUUCUUGUCGAAUAUCUAAAUACAUUGUAUAUUUCUUCUUCUUUUUUUCUAAAUAUUUCUUUUAUUUAUUUAUUACUUUUGUACGAAUCAAUGUAAUAUUGUUAUGAUUAUUUUAUCGUGAUGUUAUAGAAACACUUUGUGCCAAAAUGCCAGCAAUAAU